CCUUCGAGUACAGCCCUGGUUCAUUAAGUUGGACCCUCCUCCAGGCCUCACGGAGGACCAGAAUCCAAAAAAAUAACAAUUCACUCUAUCCAAGCUAGCUUCAAUUGGUUCCUGAUCAGGUCUGUCGUAUUUCACUGACGACCUUCCGCUUUUCUAUCCAUCCACCGAAAAGAUACUGCACGGCCUCCUGCUCCGCUGCCGCCGACACCGCCGCCCUCCGAUUGCAUAAUGGGUAAAUACAAUUUCACAGCGCUUCGCGUGCGCGAGAAAGCUCUUCUAGAGAAGGCUACGUUUAUGCGCGAGAAGCUUCCUCCCUGGGCCGAUGUUAUCGCCGAUAUUCCUCCCGCCCAAGCCCUCGUCCGAAACCAAGCCCACCAGCAUCAAUUGGUCCGCCAGCGUGUGAAGUCCGUCCCUGGCAAGUCACAACCGCAGACCGUCUUCACGGUCAGAGAAAAGCCCAUAAAGUCAAAGAAAGCAAGCCGCAUGUUCCUGCCCACUGAGAUGAAGUUCGAGGAGGAUCGGCUACGUACGAAAUUCUUCAAGGACCAUCCUUGGGAGUUGGCCAGACCCCGAAUCCUCGUUGAAAAAUCGGGCCAGGAUUUCCGUCGCUACAACUGGUCCAAGCUCCAGCAGCGUGGAAAGAGGCUGGAUGGUGAGAGUGUUGUUCAGCGCCAACUCUGGCUACUAAACAAUGUCCCUGAUAUGACGGAGAGCGUCUCCUACGAUAUUGCACGUCGCGAAUUCUAUCAACUCCGCCUGCGCGAAGAUAUCGAACGACGAGUUGCGGUAGAAGAAGCCGAGGCUACUGGCGCUGUCUUUGGACCUACACGUCAAGAGAUUGGUAUGCAGAUCGAGGACCAGGUAUUUGAGCGCUGGAAGGCCUGGGCCUCGGCGGGCGUCCAUGUGGUGGAAAACAAGCAGCGCAGCAAUAUGUCCGCGGCGGAUGGCAAUGAAGACUUGGGCCCGGAAGAAGCUGAACCUGUCGUACUUUCGGCUGAGGAGGAGAGCUUGUAGAGGUAUGUUGGUCAUGGGGGGACUGAAGGAGUGGAUUAGAUGGUACGACGUGUGUGGAUUUGAUAAUCGGAUGGUUUAUGUACACUACGGGGAGUAUUGAUAUCUCUGUAUCUAUUGUGAUAGUACUGUUUGGCUUUUUUCUGUUUCGCCG